GCCGCAUUCAAUCCCGAUAAUCUUUUCUGUGAAGCCUAUAAUAAAGCAAAUAAUACAUACUGUAAGAGAGUGAGAGUGAUCUGUGCCGAGCACUACAAAGGAGAACUCGAAAAUGAACUACAGAUUUGCGCAUAUCCAAAAGCAUGGGCGGAAGGAAAGUCGCUAACAUUUGCCGAAAUGUUCGAACAUGGCCCGGAUCUUUUGAGAGAUCAAGGAUUUUGUUGUGCUCCUCGAAAAGAAUGUGCGCAACAUCAUCGAUGGGUACAGGCUCUUGUUGGGACCAUCGAAUGUGAAAGAAUGAAUCUUUUAACAAGAUUAGAUGAGCUUUUGGAGCGACGAAGAAUUGUGUCUAUGGGAUGCACUACACGUGGUGAUGUCAUCUCUCUCCUCAAUUUUCAGGUGAACUUCAAUUGUAUUCUUUGA